AUGACUUCAGCCAUAUGCGCAGACCCCGCUGCCACCAACACAACGUCCUGUCCACUUCAAAACAGGUGCGAUGAACUUGGCCCACCGCCAGUCAACGUAGAACCCAACAAGAACAACAGUGAUAUCAGUGAGCAUGCCGGCGCCCUCCUCCUUCCUGAUCCCAACUUUGAGUUUACCAUAAAAACCGAAUGGAAUGGAGUCCCUUACACUAAAGAAAGCCCCGUGAAAAUUAGGAUUGACGGUGUUGGAGAAUUUGUGAGGCUUCAGGUGGAUGCACCUCUCUACAAUAACACUGCCCCGCCCAAAGGACAGAGAGGUUAUCCUUACCCAGGACUUUACAAUUAUGAAGUUGUGGAAGCAUUUUUUCUUAACAAUGAUGACCAGUACCUCGAAGUAGAACUAUCUCCCCAUGGUGAACAUCUUGUGCUGUUGUUAAACGGAAGAAGAAAUAGUGUGGUGGUAAGUUAA